AUGGACGACACAAAACUUGGCCCGCCAGACCCCGCGUCUGUUCAAUUCUCCGCCGACACCAUCAUCACCCUCGGCGUCAUUCCUGCUCCCCUGUACAUCUACCAACUUUCCACAUGCCCCGUCCUCCACACCUGCAGGCGGCGCAAGCUCAAGUGUGGUCAGGAACUCCCUUCCUGCCGGCAAUGCUCCAAGUCAGGCCGCUAUUGCGACCGAUCGGAAAAGCCGACUCAGUUUGUUCAACAUCAGGAACUACCGGAUCCCGAUAGCCCACGGCGUGCCCUCAUAGACCAAAGAAUAGCCCGGUUAUUCCACUCGUACACCGCUGAAGUAUCGCAAUGGUACGACUUGAGCGACUCGUCGGGUGCCUUUGGCAUACUUGUCCCCAGCAUCGCUCUAGAUGAGCCACUGCUCUUUUGCGCCAUCAUCGCCCUCUCUGCUAUGCAUGUCUGCAAGACCUCGGCAAACGGUUUCCGAAAAUUGGCCGAAUUUUAUCACCACCGCUGUGUCCAGAGGCUCAUCGAGCUGGACCAAGGAGACGAGCUCAUCACCCGUGGAGUUGCCCUUGCAGCGACAUGUCUGCUACGGUCCUACGAAAUCCUCGACAGCGACAUUGACCCAAACAUGCAUCUUCGGGGCGCUUAUUCCAUGACCCCCCUCCAUGAUGUACUGUCCGGUAAUCUCCAGCCGGGACUGCCUGGUGCAGGCUUCUGGAACUACCUGAGGGAAGACAUCACCUUCAGCCUGUUUGAGAAAUGUCCACUCAAGAUGGACUUGACUACUACUCCGCUUCUGGUCAACCACCAUUCGGCCCAAGAUUAUCUCAACUCCAUCACUCUGAUACUAGGGAAGCUCAUCAACACCACAUUCGGGAGUGACUUGACGGGUUCAGAAUGGGUUUCUGCUAUGGAAAUGCUAAGUCAAUGGCGAGCAGCCUGUCCAAAACGGAUACAACACUUUUCUCGAGAAAAGGCGCAGCCAGGGACGAUUAAUCUGUUCCCGGCAGUGUGGUUUCUACAGCCCUGUCAUGCGGCAACCAUGCACUAUUACCUUGUCGCCCUGACUAUUCUAGGUGUCUAUGCUAGCCCGCAGAACCUUGAAGACUUGGGGAAACUGGACCUUGUAGGCAUCGAAGUUGAGUCCAAGGACCAAAUUCUGGAAGCCUUUGCAGUCGAAAUCUGUGGUAUCGCCUUCACCACGAAGAUACCCUGCGUUCUUGUCAAUGCCUUUGGCCCAAUUGCAUACUGUGCAAGAUUCAUCAGCACCGAGCCCGCCCGCCAAGAGCUCGCCCGACAGCUCCUCGCCUGCAAAUCGAGCAUCGGGUGGCCAGUAGAGAGGCUCAUCAAUGACCUCAAGUCUUUCUGGGGCGCCGAAAAGACAAACUGA